CUCUCUCUCUCUCUCUCUCUCUCUCUCUCACUCAACAUAGCAUUUUUAGUUCCAUCUUCCUCCACGAGUGGAGCCCAAAACACCCUCUUGCAUUCUGUCUCAGCCUCUCACUAACUGAGAUUAUGGCACCAGGAAAGUCUCGAAGUAGCAAACGUUCAUCCUCAUCAUCAACUUCAUACGCAUCGACAAUAACAACAGUGGUGUUUUUAGCACUGUGUGUUUUGGCUAUAUGGAUGUUAACCUCCAACUCUGUAGCUCCUCCUCAAACCAGCAGUCGCACUGCAACCACCAAAUCCAACGUUAAAAAAGAUCCUCCUGCUUUUGAAGACAAUCCCGGUGAUCUCCCCGAUGAUGCCAUCAAGUUUGAUGAGGAAUCUAACAAUGAUAGAAAGUCUCAGCAAGAUCAGAAGUCGGAGUCCUCCUCGAUUGGGAAUGCCAAGGACCCGAACAUGGAGGAUGGUGAUGAUGGUAUAAAUGAUAAACAAGAGACUUCACGUGUAAAAGAAUCUGCUGAAGAGCAUGAGGAAAGGCAAAAAGAAAACGAGAAGCAGAUAUCUGAUCAGGAAAGCCAGCAAACAAGUGAUGAAGAAAACGAAGAAAAUCAAAAGGUUGAUGGGGACGCUAAGACUUAUUCUCAAGAAUCAGAGAACCAAAAGCUAGGUGAAGAUCAACAGCAUGGUACGGAACAACAACAUCAAUAUGUUGUAAGCCAAGAUGAAAAUCCUCGGGAGUUUCAGAGUCGGAUAUCAAAUCGAGAUCAAGAACCACGUCUACAACAACAACUACGUGAAGAUGAAAACCGUGGAAACACCCAAGAUUCUAAGAAUGAUGAAGAUCAACAACUACAAAAACAACAAGAAGAAGAAAUUGUAAAAAAUGAAGAAAACUCUGAGACUCGACAGAAACAACAAAAACAGCAAGAAUUUCAAGAUGUGACUAAUGAUGAACACCCACAAUCCCAGGAAGCAGAAGAGGAUCAAGAAUCUCAACAAAACAAAGCAGGAACUCAAGAAGUUCAGCAACAACAAGAGAAUGACGCCAACCAAGAAGCCAGAGAGGAGAAUAACACUGAAGGUAAGCCCGCAGAUUCAAACUCGGGCGAGUCAUUCCCCGGUGGGGGGAAUACAGUGAUUCCACAAGAGUCGAAGGAGUCAAAGAAGUCGUGGUCGACUCAGGCAGCCCAGUCGGAGAACGAGAAAGAGAGACGCAAGGAAGAAUCGGGCGUCAUGGGGAGCAUUUACGGGUACACGUGGCAGCUAUGUAACGUCACGGCCGGUCCUGAUUACAUACCCUGUUUGGACAAUGAGAAAGCUCUGAGAAAAUUGCGCACAACUGGACACUUCGAGCAUCGAGAGAGGCACUGUCCCGAGGAGGGACCCACGUGCUUAGUUACACUUCCGGAGGGGUACAAAAGGCCAAUCUUGUGGCCUAAAAGCAGAGACAAGAUUUGGUACCACAACGUACCACAUGUGAAGCUUGCGGAGGUAAAAGGGCACCAAAACUGGGUUAAGGUAAUGGGUGAGUUCUUGACUUUUCCAGGUGGUGGGACCCAAUUCAUACAUGGCGCGGUCCACUACAUUGAUUUUAUUCAACAGUCGGUACCUAGCAUUGCUUGGGGGAAGCACACUCGAGUAAUUUUGGAUGUUGGUUGCGGGGUUGCCAGCUUUGGGGGUUAUCUUUUCGAAAGAGACGUUCUUACCAUGUCUUUUGCUCCCAAAGAUGAACACGAGGCCCAAGUUCAGUUUGCACUCGAGAGGGGCAUACCUGCAAUAUCAGCUGUCAUGGGUUCUCAACGCCUUCCAUUUCCGAGUAGGGUCUUUGAUAUUGUGCACUGUGCACGUUGUAGAGUGCCUUGGCAUGCAGAAGGUGGUUUGCUUCUUUUGGAGUUGAACCGCGUUCUGAGGCCAGGAGGUUAUUUUGUUUGGUCAGCAACUCCUGUGUACCAAACCCUCCAAGAAGAUGUGGAAAUCUGGAAGGAUAUGUCUUCACUUACGGCUUCCAUGUGUUGGGACCUUGUCACCAUCAAGAAGGAUAAAUUAAAUUCAAUUGGUGCUGCCAUUUACCGCAAACCCAGCUCAAAUGAUUGCUAUGACCAGAGAAAGCAUAAACGUCCACCAAUGUGCAAAAAUGACGAUGAUCCGAAUGCCGCCUGGUAUGUGCCUUUGCAGUCAUGCAUGCAUCGUAUACCUGUUGACGAGACUCAGAGAGGAACGCGAUGGCCUGAGGCUUGGCCUCGUCGACUGCAGGCACCUCCUUACUGGUUAAACAGCUCUCAGAUGGGCAUUUACGGGAAACCAGCUCCUCAAGAUUUUGUAGCAGAUCAUGAACACUGGAAGCAAGUGGUGAAAACUUCAUACAUGAACAGUUUGGGGAUCAGUUGGUCUGAUGUGAGAAAUGUCAUGGACAUGAGAGCUGUCUAUGGGGGGUUUGCUGCAGCUCUGAGGGACCUUCGAGUUUGGGUCUUGAACGUGGUGAAUGUAGACUCUCCAGAUACACUCCCCAUUAUCUAUGAGCGAGGCCUUUUUGGGAUAUACCAUGAUUGGUGUGAAUCCUUCAGCACUUACCCACGUAGUUAUGAUCUACUUCAUGCCGAUCAUCUUUUCUCAAAGCUCAAAAAGAGGUGUAGACUUGAUCCGAUAAUGGCAGAGGUUGAUAGAAUCGUAAGACCAGGAGGUAAAUUGAUUGUUCGUGAUGAGUCGAGCGCAAUAGGGGAAGUUGAGAACUUGCUCAAGUCUCUGCACUGGGAGGUUCAUUUGACCUUCUCCAAGAACCAAGAAGGGAUGCUUAGUGCACAGAAAGGCAAUUGGCGACCGGACACAUAUGUAGAGUCUUCCUAGCUAAUCACGUCCGAUUAAUUUACACAUAAAAAUCAUCUUCCAGAUCCUAAAGACUGGCAUUAUAUAUCUUUAGCGUAGAAACUAGUACUGUUUUAUCUUUACGCUGAGUACUGCAUGCAUGCGUACGUUCGAUCUCAUGAUGUUUGUUGUAUUGUGAUGAUCAGCGAUCGAGUAGUGAUUUUACUGAA